UGCUGAGUGCUCGAGCGCAAGGGGAUUCCGAGAAUAAGCAAUUCCGUCAGAUUCGACUACAGGUCGCAGAGCCUGAUCACUUCGAUCAAAACCCGAGGCAUUUUGGAAUAAAUCAUCAAUUUUUCAUAAUUAACCCGCGUUCGAGAAAUCCGACCUUUUCACCGAGACUAUCCGAAGGAUUUCUUCCUUUCGAAUGAUAAUGCACCUUUUCGCUUGAGUGGGGUCCACUGUCAGCUAGAGGGGUAGACAAACCCAAGCAGGUUAUGUGGAGGGACUGAGAGCAGAGCAGAGCUUAGAUCUGGGGGAGAAAGAAGCCGUCCAGGCUAAGUGAAAAUGCCACUCAUUCCUGACGAGUCCCCGGCCUGGUGAAGGUCCCCGUCUGAGAUCAAGAGAGCGGAAAGGCGCCACAGAGAGAACCUCCCCCAGGCCUGCCGACAGACACACAUCCCAAACAUCCACAGCCACGGAAUGCGUCAACAUCACUGUGGUGGUGAAAUCUCGCUGACUCCUCACUCCUCGUCGCUCACUGAAUAAGCCUAUACCGGGCAUUCUGGAAGCAUCCGGUGUUCACAGGCACACAGGAAUGGCAGCGAGGGCCGGGUGAGAGCCCCCAAAUGGCUCCCGUCAUGGCCACAGUUUCUGUGUAUUAGUGACUUUUUACACUGUGGAUAAGGGAUGACUUUACAUUGGGCCCAUGGAUUCCAGUAACUGUAAAGACUAGAACCUGCCCAUGUGCAUACUUACCUCUUAUCAAUAUCUGAAAGUACAGUACCUGAUGACCUAGUGGACCUUGUUAUUCCCAGUAGCAGUGCUGAACCAUACGAGGGGAUCCUAGUAUUGAACAUGACUCAUGGGGAGGAGCCUGGCCCUGAGACACACACGGAUUCAGCUGUUCUAACUUAUCUGGAAGGUUUACUGAUGCAUCCCGUGGCGUCUGGGCCUGGGGCCACGGCAACCCGGAGAUCAGAGGCUGCCCGAGGGCACGGCAACCAGGUGGAGCAAGUCAACAAGAUGGCCCGACCCUUCCAGCUGCCCAGCCACGGCCCCGCCAUCGUCACUGUUCAGAAGGCCGGGAACGGCCCUGCCCUGCACCGUGGGGUCUCCCAGAACCUGAAGAAGGCCCGGCUGCUCCGCUCAGGGGCCUGGAAUGAGCCUGGAGCCCAGAGGCUGAGCUCCCCCCCUGUGGAGCUGCCCAACCAGGUGGGUGGAGGAGACCUGCAAAACGGGGCCUUGGAGGGCUCUCCUCAUGCUGGGGAGAGCACCCUGCUGGCCUCCCUGCUCCAGUCCUUCAGCUCCAGACUGCAGAAUGUAGCCAUGUCGCAGCAGUCCACCAAACCCCCCAGCGAGCACUCCCCGCCCACUGUGCCCCCUCCUGCUGCAGACAAGGAGCGGCUCGCCUGCUACGGCAUGGCCUCCAGCCGCCUCAAGGGCCUGAUGAGGAAGAGCAAGAUGCAGAACCACAGUAGCACGCCUUACAGCCGGCGAGGCCACGGCCAUAGCCAGGACAGGCCCUCUGAGUCCCCCUGCUCGGUACAGAGCAGCACCCCUCCUUCUACCCCUACCGCUUCUACUGCUUCCACUGAUGCUCAGUCCUGUGCAGAACGGCUCAAGGCUGUGGCCAACCUGGUAAAGAUCCGCUCCAGCCCUGCCCCCUCGCCCAAGCCCAGUGUGGCCUGCAGUCAGCUGGCCCUGCUGCUGUCCAGUGAGGCCCACCUGCAGCAGUACAGUAGGGAGCAUGCACUCAAGGUCCAGCACUCGGGCCACUCGGCCAGCUCCAGACUGGCCGCCAUGGCAACACAGCAGACCCAGGACAAGAGGCCGCCCAGUGUGGGAGAGGCUCCGCCCACCAGCACCACCACCGUUGCCCCAGACGCGCAAAGCUCCUUAACUGCCCAAAACAGGAUAGCGACAACAACACUCCCCCGCCUGGCACUAAACUCUAGCUCAAGGCAGCGGAGCCCCUCCUCCAUGCUGCCAGCCCACAGCUCACCCUGCCCCACCCCUCUUCCUCUGCCCCUCAACCCCCACACCGACACCCAGACCCAACCCCAAACCCCCACAAAUGAGAAACGUGGCUUUGACUCGCGCCACGCCAGGCCCCCCCAGACCUGUAGCAGCCUGCUCCUGCUGCUCCUCAACAACCACAACAACCAGAAGCAGCUGACUAAGAACGGACACCUGGAGGACGACUGUGGGGUCCUGCCCACUAGCCGUGGCUCCUCAGUCACCUCCGACAGCGAGUGCUCCGUCCAGGAGAAGAGCCUGGCCAAGAGAGAGGAGAGCUGCAGCGACGCAGAGAGCUCCUACUCCAGCUGUUCUCCCAUUGACCUCUCUAUGAGGAGCAGGGCCAGCACCAGAGCCCCAGAGACCAGGCUUAAAGCCACCUCCCCCUCCACCUCUGUUUCUUACUCUUCCUCUUCUACAGCUUUCUCCUCCAGCUCUUCUUCUGCUAUCUUCUCCUCUGCCCCUACUGUUUUCUCUUCCUCCACUGCUUUCUCUUCCUCCUCUACCGUUCUCUCCCCUUCCUCCACUGCUUUCUCUACCUCCUCUACCGUUCUCUCCUCUUCCUCCACUGCUUUCUCUUCCUCCUCUACCGUUCUCUCCCCUUCCUCCACUGCUUUCUCUACCUCCUCUACCGUUCUCUCCUCUUCCUCCACUGCUUUCUCUUCCUCCUCUUCCUCCUCCUUAGACAAACUCACUGAGUCCCUGCUAAAUAAGUGGAAGCCAGAUCCCUCCGGUUCAAAGGUCCCCCAGGUUAAGAAGGAGAUUGAAAUGAGCCCAGACCUUAAGUCCCACCCCAGGGUCACUCUCAUGCAGCUCCUUCUGGAGCGCAAGAAUAACGACAAGGUAAACAAAAUUGUGGUUAAUCCAGAUUUGCAGCAUGACGCAACCCUGUCCAGUCUGUCACGGGGCCCACUUAAAUCACUGGCCCCCUGGGAGGAAGUAAGGACACAGAGUCCUCUGGACAGAUCAGGCCUUCCAUUGUACUCUCUCAGCCGAGACCCCAGCAGCACCCCAUCCCCCUACCCCUCUCCCCAUGUCCAGUCCAGCCCUCUGGAUCUGUGUAAGUCUAAACCCUUCCCUGCUGAGAAAGCUGCAGAUGAGCCAGCGUUCAGCGCCAGUAAAUUGUUACAGAACCUGGCCCAGUGCGGCACCGCCUCGCCCUCCCCACCCAUGGUUCCCAGCAAAGUACCCAGACGGGAGCUGGAGGUGGGUGGUGGCAGGCCUCUGGCUCUGCUGGAGAGGCUCAAUGCCCCCAUCCAGAGGAACACAACAAUUACCCCCCUCUCAGACAGGCCCUCGGGCAGCGGCACACCGUCGUUCGGUCGCCGGGGGGAGGUGUCGCCCACCUCGUCCCAGAUCGAGAACCUUUUGGAGCGUCGCACAGUACUGCAGCUCCUGCUGGGAGCAAACUCCUCCUCUGCCUCCUCCGUGGCCCCAGCCACCCACAGAGACAGAGACAGAGACAGGUCCGGUGGGAGGUGCAGUGUGGAGACGGCAGCGGGGAGCUGCUAUGAGAAGCACCCUGGCACCUCUGUCAUCUGUGACAGAUCCAAGGGGCCCUCGGCAGCAGAAUUCAAGGUUAAAACUGAACCGGGGGAAGAGGUUCUAGGCCUGUUGUCCUCUACAGUAUGUCAGGAUGUGACGAGCAGAAAGAGAAGGGGAGGAGGAGGAGGGUAUGACGACAGGCACAGCCCGCUCUCUGAACCCCAGCAGGACCUAAAAAAAGAGCCCAGGCCCACAGAGGUCAUUGCUAAAUAUGGCCUCCUAAGCCAGCUCCUAAAACAGCAGAGCGCCACCUACUACACCAGCGCUAAACAGCCACACACAGAUCGCCGGCCAAGCCCUGUCCCUGUGAAGGAGGAGCAGAGAGACUACCACCACCAGGGGCCCAGCCCUAAAAAGAGACGGCUCUGCUCAGAGCUGGCUAUGAGCCUGAACAAUGGCAGCCCUCAGAGGGCCGUGGUGGACAUUGGAAGCAGCCACAGCCACAAUAGCCUGGUCCAAAGCCUGGUCCAUAGCCAGAUACAGGAGGAGCCUGAUUACCACAGGGGCCUCAGGAGCCCUAAUGAGGAGGAGGCCCCAGCCAGGAGCCCCAGCAGUGAAGCUCUCCUCCCCAGGGAGAGCCGGGGCUUCAACGUGCUCAAACAACUGCUCCUGUCUGACAAUUGUCUGAAGGAGCUGUCCCAGCAGCCCCGGGGAGUCCCCAGCCCCUCUGUCCCCUCUGUGCUGCAGACCAACGGUAAAGCCAACGGGAGCAUCCUCAACCUCAAUCAGUCAGGCUACAAUCAACACGACCUCCUCAACCUGCCUACCCUGCCCUGGCACCACCCCCAUAGCUCCCUCAACUCAGGGUCACCCAGCCACCUCAGACCCCUGCCCACCCCCCAGACAGGGGACAUCAGUCAACGCUCCCCCUGGGGGCGUCACACAGCCCCCCCACCCCGUCAGGACUCGCCCAAACGGUACCCCACCCCGGUGAAACGGGAGCCGGAGAGUCCGGUGCAGUGGGCAGGUCGAGACCAGGAGGAGGAGGGCUGUGACUUGAGCCCAGACUCCCCCCGGCUCACCCGCUCCAACCCCAUCCUGUACUACAUGCUGCAAAAGGGUAGCGCUCAGCUGAGAAGGGAGGGGAGGGACCAGGCGGAGGGGACCCAAGGGUCAGGGCCAGGGGGAGUGAAGGUGAAGGAGGAGCCAGGUAAUGAUGGCCAUGAUGCCUAUGAACACAAACUGAGUUCUGCCACCACCACCCAGCACUCCUCCCUGUCCCCUCCCUACAAUAACGACAAGCACAGCCACAAAAACGACAGGCUGAGCGACUCAUCUCACAAUUGGUAGUUUUAAUGACUUUCAUUAACUAAAACAUAAAAAAUUGCCAAAUUAAUUUGUAGUUAGAUGAGAAGAAAUAACAACAAGGAAUGCAAGAGUGAGGAUUUUGAAUGAAAAGAACCGAGCAAAUGAAUUCAAGGCAUUCUUUUCAUUACUGUAUCAUAAUUAUCGAUGACUCGGUUUACGAAAUGGGUGGUACGAUAUAUCUCUACUUCAACAGAAUGUCAAAUCACUUGCACCAAAAUUAGGUGAUUGUCAAAUUUGGACAUGCCCACUGGUGAUUUCCAUACAGUAUGUAUUUCACAUUCUUAAAUGAAUGAAAGAAAGCACCUUUCAAAGAAGUUGUCUGGUUUUACUCCAAUGAUCUGUGUCUGUAUUGCACACAUAUCACUAUUCUGUGUCCUCUUUGUUGGCACCUGUAAAACAUUGAUCAAGAACAUUUCCAGCUACCUUUAUUAUUGAUGACUCCAAAAAUCACUGCAUCUUUAUUUAUUUUCCCAACAGGAAGUUUUCAGAUAGACAGAAAGCAUACAUUUUUGAUCAAACCCUAAAUAUAGUCAUACCAGGGUAAGCACAGCAGUACAUUAAAACAUACACGAUAGAGACACGUUUAAAGGAAGACCCUGUGAACAAUGUUCAUAAUCAAAUCUACUAAAGGUACCUACAGUUCAAUUCUGUUAGAGGGCUCUGUGUUGGUUGCUCCUGCACCUUCUCCUCGAGACUGAUUUAAUUAUAUGAUCAUCAGUGAGUCGACUAUGUCGACUGACAGACAGGGCUCAUGUGGUCACAACGCAUUGCAUUUUGCUUUGAUAUGUAAUGAACUUGUUGGGGCUACGUUUUGACAGUGCAGAUUGGGGGUGACGUCUUCAUAGAUGGUAAUACAACUGGUAAUACAGCUAUUACUGAAUAGUAGUAGUAGAGGUUAUUUAAAAAACCUUUGACGAGCCUACCUGUGGGACAUUGAGUUGUGUGUGGGUGGUUGUAGAGUAGUUGUAUAUCAGUGGAGGCUGCUGAGGGGAGGACAGCUCAUAAUAAUGGCUGGAACGGCGCAAAUGGAAUGGGAUCAAACACCUAGAAACCAUGUGUUUGAUGUUGUUGAUGCCUUUCCACAUAUUCCUCUCCAGCCAUUACCACGUGCCCGUCCUCCCCAAUUAAGGUGCCACCAACCUCCUGUGUUGUAUACAGGUUCUGGGCAACAGUUAAAAUACUGCAGCAUCUGCAUAAUUAUUAGUUCCCAAUGAAUUCAAAAUGAAUGGUUUUGAAAUAUAAAUGCAUAUUCUGAAAUGUAAAAAAUGCAGUCUAAUUUGAUAUUGUACCCCUGAGUUUGCACUGUCAAAGUUGAGCUGUUGGUGUCCUUAAAAAUAAUAUGUUUAUGGCAUGUAAUGAACAAUUGUCAGUGUUGUUAUCCAUUGAGAAUUUGACCGUUUGUAAAGCUUAUCUUGUGUUUCUUGAUUCUCGUGCUUUAUAGACACCUUUUACUUUCUUGGCGGUUUCUUAGCUCAUAUUAAAAUGUAAAAAUAAUUGCAUGGAAAUAAAGAGGCAACCACAGGUACAUUUUAAAGCAGCUGGAUAUGACGUGAACCUGUCACCCAAUAAUCAUUGAGACAUUGUUGGUGUUUUGAGGGCUUAUCUGAUCUCUAGCUCGUUAUUUGGAUUGUACUGUAUUUGAUCCGUUUCUGGUUUCAGUUUCCCACACUGCUGUCAUCCAUUUAGUCUUACAUGUGAUCUUUUUUAAUACACAUACAUAUGAAGUACAUAUUCAGUACGUUUCUUCUAUUAUUAAUAGAUUUUCACAAUGGUUAAAUAUAUUUGUGUAAAUAGUACUUUCAUUAUGAAAGAUAACUAUUUUGUAUUGGUGAAGAAAAAUAUAUUACCCUAGUUUUUAAUGCCCGGAAAAAUGUAAAUAUGAAUUCUAUGCGUAAUAGUGUACAUACAUACAAAUGACAGAGGAUGCUAUGCCCAUUUUUUGGUUGGUUUGUUCUUUGCAUGUGUCUCUAUGUGGUAAAAUGAUAAUCUAUCCUGCGCUGUGUUGUGUAAUACUGUCUGACUCUCCUCACUGCUGCCUGUUGCAUGCAGACGCAUGGGAACUACCUGUGUAUCCCUACUGGUGAUGGGGCAAAAUGUCAAGUCUUAAAAUAGGUAUUUUUAUCACAGAGAGAGGGUCAUUUAGAACAUGAACAGUCCCUAAAUAACCACAGACUGCUGAGCAAGUGGAGAAAAUGUGUGAAAAUAAAACGUGCAUUGAAUAUUUUUGUCAUUUUAUUUUCUGUUACUGGUUGAUGACAGAGCAGUGGUAUGAAGUACAAUCAUAGACCUACUGGCAUUGAGCAUCUGAAACAUACAUUUGUAGCAAAAAUAACGUUUUUGUUUCAUUUUUCCAUGUGACAACCUGAAACAUUAUUUCAUUUUUUAUGUUUGCAUUUUUUUGGGUGUUCAUUUGCACUGAUAUCUCCAAAAUAAAGUACUAAAAUGCU